AUGAUGAAUUGGUGCAACUUGGUAUUGCAAAGGCAGAAAGAAUCAAUUCUUUGUGGGCUGGGAUUGGUUAUGAACUCCCGCUGUCUGGAAGCUUCUCUUGCUGGGCUUGUUGGGGAAGCUCUUCAUGCUCCUCUUGUUGUUGGGCAAGCACGUGAAGCUCCUCAUGCUCCUCUUGUUGUUAGGGAAGCUCGUCUUGUUGUUGGGGAAGCUCGUCAUCCUCCUCGUGCUGUUAGGGUAGCUCGUAUUGGUUCUGCAACUGUUGAACUUGUGUCUUUAUUGUGCAAGCUUUGGUCAGGACUUGUAUUUGUAUUGCUAAAAGGCUCAAUUUUAUGGAUAAAGAAAACUUAUAAAUAA